UGCAAUUCGAACGCGAACAGACUGAGUCGCGUGACGCGUCCGUAUUCCGACUUCCAUUUUAUUUGUUAAUUGUUCAAGGUUGUUGUUGUCAAGUGAACGCGCUUCGAAUGACAGUGACACUUAUAUUAUUCCAGAACAAAGCCAGUGGAACUAAAACCGGUUGAAAGUGUGAUCAAAACGGGAAAAUGCGAUACCUGUAAUUGCAAAAUGAUUAAAAGGAAUGGUGAUGUUUUUGCAAUUUCAAACAAUCAGUGUCAAGGUGUACGUAGCUCUGUCUCGCUCUAUCCUGCGGCCACAACAAGGAUACCGCGAGCCACAACUGCUCCUAGUGCGAGAAUGACGCACCCUGAUGCGCAGCAAAAUUCUAAAGAAGCAAAUAUUGCGCUGUCUACUUACGUCGAGAAGUGGAAAAACAGAUACGAAGAUGCUGAAAGAAAACAUAAGACUUUCCUGCUUAAAUCUGAAAAAGCACGUCGGGAGUAUGACGAUCUGCAGCGUAGGUACAACAUCGUUGUGGAGGAGAGGAACCACCUGGACGCAGAGCUCAACGACCGCGAGAAGGAGCUCAACAAGCUGCGCCAGGUGUCCGAGAAGCUGUUCCGGGAGUACCAGCAGCUGAAGAACCAGCAUGAGAUUGACUCCGGUGUCAUGCAUAAGGUGAUGCAGCAGGCGGGCGAGUGGUACAAACAGAACAAGCAGCUCAAGAGACGGAGCACGGUGCUGCUGCAGGCGCUGCCGGCCGCUGUCGACAUCGACCUCACCGACGCUAACGACACCUCAUCAGAAGCCAGUAGCAAUGAGGAGGUGGAAUUCUUGAAGCGCUGUGUGAGCGAGUUGUCAGAGCAAGUUGCGAGUCUGCAGACAGAGGCUAGCGCGGCCAGGCUGCAUGAGUUCGAAGCUCACGAGACCAACGUGCAUCUGACGCAGGAGUUGGAAGCCGAGAAAGAGAAGACAGCAUCACAAGAGAAAGAGUUAGUAGAACUUAGGCUGCAGCUAGAGAGACACAACCGUGUCUCCAAGCUGUUGAUGGACGAGGUGACAGCGCUCAAAGAUAAUGCUGAUCAGGACAGGAAGAUGGCGGAGACUUACGCAAGUGAAGCUCGCGCCGCUAAGAAGCGUGUUAAGGUGCUCACACAUCAAAGUACAUUGCUGCUCGGCGCGCUCGAGCCUGAUGAACGGCUUGGUGCCUUGCUCGCCGAGCUCGAACAUCUAAAGGAGGCGCUCGAGAUGCAAGCCGUGCGACACCAAGAACAGAUCGACAGCCUACAGUUACAACUAUCGGAAAAACACGAAGAAACUGACAUUCUUCUGUGGGAGGAGAAAAUAAGAUUAGCCGAAGAAGACGCACAAAAAGCGAUCCAUCGGGCCGAGAAAGCGGAGAAAAAACUCGUUGAACUUGAGAGAAGACAGAAGACUGAACCUAAAUCCAAUCUUAAAUCAAGAAUCAGUUACUUUGAGGGUGGUGCAAAAGAGAAGAUAGAAGUAAAAAAGGUUAUUGAAGAAAGUGAGAAGAAGAAUGAGAUAGUCGAAGAUAUAGCAAAAGAAAUGGAAGAAAUCAUAGAAUCGCAACCUCAAUCCCAAGAACAUUCUCCUCCGCUGGCUCCUCCUCCCCCGCCGCCCCCUGCCUCCACUUCCGCUCCCCCGCCUCCGCCCCCGCCGCCUAUGCUACCUCCCCCUCCCCCUCCACCACCACUCCCCCCUAUAUUCAGUCCGGCGGGUAUGGUGUCAACCCAGGUAGAGGACAUGGCACAAAUGUUGGCAAAUAAACAGGGAACUCUGAAGAAGACUAAGCAGAAUGGAGGUGGUGCUAUUGACGCGAUAGUAGACCAGAUUAAAGGGGGGAAGUUCCAAUUAAAAUCGACGGACCAGAACUUUAUGGAGAAGAAACCUAAAGAUGAACAACCGGAAGCUGUUAAGGAGAUGCUUCAGAUACUUGGUACCUUGAGGAAGCGGCGCAAUGUUAGCAGACCUAGCGUGGUUGCCGCGGCAGAGAACGAAUCGUGAUGUUGUACAAUUAAAAGAAAUAAUAUAACACAAUAUGACUAAGGAAAAUAAGACAAUUGUAUAAACAAGCGUUUAGUCUUUGGAGCGCCAUAUAGAAACAAAUAAUAUAACGACUGAUAAACACGUAGAGAUUCUUUGCGUCUUAGAGUCAUGUAAUAUUUAAAAUAUUAGGUCUAUUUUAAAAUCAAAAAAGCUUUAUAUAUUGGAAGACUAGGAACACGAAUACGCUUCCAUUAUAAUAUUGUUGUACAAAGCUUUAUGCUUCUAGGUGGAUGGCUAAAAAGAUAUGCGUAUUGUUUGAUCCACGGCGCCAUGUCACUCAGUCUGUUAGAUUGUCAUCCAAGAUCGAUGUAAUGACGCAUACAGAAUUAUUAACUACUGGAUCGUUGGUGCAUGAAUGGGCUUUGGCUAUUUCUGGUAGAUGUGUUUGUAUUAUUUGUAAAUGUAUACUUAAUUUGGUAAACUCAGUCUGUGUUACAUUAUUCUCAAUGUUUUGUGCAAACGUUACAAAUUUGAUCUCUGUGACCUUUUCUAUUCAGAUAAUUUCUUGUCUAUUUUAGUUUCCUUGAGGGACACUAUCGCGAAAGAUAUCAUAAAUUUCAUUUUAUUUAAAACAAGCUGAUACCCGCGACUUUGUCCGCGUAAACACAAUAUGAUUGAGCACGAAGUGCUUAUAAAAAUCGUUGUUUCAUAAAAUUUUAAGAACUUUAUAUUUAAUGAAGAUAUCGCAAUAUUUUUUUAGAUGAGGUGCCAACAUAAUUGCAAUGUCCAAUUUGUAUCCAGUAGUUAUAUAUUUAACUUUUGACCCUUCAGCUACUCUGUCGUGUGUGUCUUCUUUAACAUUUACAAAUAUCCUUUGUUUACUAUUGAUUUCAUCAUAUUUAUUAUACUCUUAAUUCAAUAACGUGUUUUUACAAUAAACAACGACUAUUAUCUUUGGAGCUCAGUUUUUAUAUUUGCAUAUUUACAUAUCUUUAAAAAUUUAAUGACUAUAUUCCUUAUGUUAUUAUGUUCUGAGGAUUAUGAAAAGACAAUUAAGAAUAUUUACUAUAAUGACUUGGUAUUUUUGAAAAUACUGAAAGAUAUCAUUAGUUAUUACAUAAUAAUUUAAUAUAUACAUACUGGAAUUAACUUAUAUCGAAAAAUAUAUUUUGUGAUAAAAAUUGGCGAUAGUCUUAUUUAAAACAUUUUUAAAAAUAUUUUCAUAGCUUUUUACAAUCUGGAAACGUUAAAAAUAUUUUUAGGUUAUAUUAUAGGUACACGAAUAUUAUUAUAGUUAGAUACUCCUAUAGCUAUUUUGGAAAUAAAAUUUUAAUACAAAUAUAUGAACGACUAGGAUAAGUACCAUUUAAGAGUUAAUAUAAUUCCUAUACAAACAAAUCCUAUUGCGUGCGUAUUAUAAUAUUAUAUUGUGUGAGAUGAGAUUAUAUUUGGUAGAGUAUUUCUCUGUGAACGUUAUCAAUUUUAAUUAAUAAUGGAUGGUUUAGUUAUAUAGUCAUAAAGUUAUUUUAAAUAAUAAUUGUUUUGAUGCUAAACCAUCAUAAUUUAUAAUAGUGACGCAGAUUUUGUUUAUGGCGCGUGCACAUCGCGCAGUUGAGUGCGUUAAUUGACGUAGAUAUAUUGACAAUAACUAAAGUUGUAUUUUCACUUAAGCCCAAGUAACCACAGAUGUCUUAUAUUGAUAACGUCAGUGAUAUCUAAUAUCAUUAAACGAGCAAUUCUUGUAUAUAUAUAUAUGUAUAUAAUCUGAAUCUUGGAAACGGCUCCAACGAUUUUCAUAAAAUUUAGUAUAGAGGUAGUUUCGGGGGCGAUAAAUCGAUCUAGCUAGGUUUCAAUUUAAAAAAAAUGUAGUUUUAUCCGUGUUUUAAUGAAAAACAGCUACAAUAACAUUAGAAUACAAAGGUAAAGGUCGUUAUACUCUUGAUAGAGCGGUCGUGGUCAUCACGAAGUGAAAACUAUAUAAAAGACUAUAAUAGCUCAGAUGGGACUUUGGGUGAUCCGGAAUGCAGAAGACCCCGGUCCGAAUCCAGGUGUUCUAUUAGUUUUGUUUUGUUCAAGUUUUGUACAUCCUGAAAAAUCCGAGCAAGGCUCGGUCGUCCGGAUAUUAAUAUAUCUAUGCAAGUAACAAUUAGAAGUAAUAUAUAUUCUGUGUUUCAUUAUUAUCUUUAUUAUAUAUAAGAGAUAUCCACGUAUAUAGUCACUCAUCACGAUAUCUCUGGAACCAUAAGGCGUAGAGACUUGAAAUUUGGUAGAUUUAUUCCUUUCGCCGAGUAGAGAUCAGCUAAUUACGGAUUUUACGAAAUUCCAAGUUUUUUUUUAUGAACAGAACAACGUCUGUCGGGUCAGCUAGUUAUUAUAUAAUUCUGUCAUCCUUGUUACUUUAUUUUAUCGUGUAAGAAAUACUUUUUCGAUUGUUUUGCAAGAAGUAUAUUAUCGUAUAUACAUAAUAUAUCUUCAGCCUACCUUUAUUAUAAGCUUUAUAGAUACAUAUAGAACAACUUAAAUUAUAAUAUCAUUGAUAUUAUUAAUAUUCUGUGAUGUCUGUGUGUCUAUUCUGUGAUGCUACGAGAAAAAUACUCUCCUUUUAAGUCUAAAAAGGUGAAGGAAUUGCUUUCCACUUUUUUUCUAUAGAAUAAUGUAUUGUGGUGUCCAAUAUUAAACUGCUUUGUAUAUUAAUUAGAAUAUAAAAUACACUUAGUAAUAAUAUUUAAUUUUAAUUUAAAAUUUACAAACAUUUCUAGGAUAUGAGCUUGUGAUAAUGUCCUUUCAAUCGUAAGUGCCUUAUUACUCAAAUAUUAUUAGUUUUUUUUUAUAUUUUAUUGAAAGCAUGUACGUUACCGUUUGGUGCCAUUGAUUUUAUACCAAUAAGCAUUUUAUAUAAAAUAUUGUAUUUUUGAUGUUAAAUAAAUAAAUUUAUAUAUCUA